GUCGGAACAGUCCUCUGGAGCCACUGAGCCAGAGCAGCGUGUAUCAAUCCUGCUGUAGGAAUCAUUGCGGCCAGCACUAGCAGGUCAAACGAACAUCUAAAACGACCGAGUCACUCAGAAAAACGAAUCAUGACUCUCGAGUCAGUAAAAAGAGUCGUUCAAAAAUAACGAAUCGUUCGCGAACUGCACAUCACUGUUGGCGAGGUAAGAUGGCGGCGCCAGAGGAGCAGGAAUUAUCUCAGGCGCAGACCGAAAAACUCCUUCAAUUUCAGGACUUGACAGGUUUGGAGUCUAUGGACCAAUGUCGGCGCACAUUAGAACAACACAAUUGGAACAUCGAGGCUGCAGUGCAGGACAGACUGAACGAGCAGGAAGGAGUUCCCAGUGUGUUUAACCCUCCGCCCUCCAGACCGUUACAGGUCAACACAGCAGACCACAGAGUGUAUAGCUAUAUCGUCUCCAGGCCACAACCUAGAGGAUUAAUAGGAUGGAGUUACUACAUGAUAAUGCUACCUUUCAGAUUGACAUAUUACACACUUCUGGACAUAUUCAGGUUUGCCCUGCGGUGGGUCAGGCCAGACCCUCGUGGACGCGUCACAGACCCCGUGGGUGACGUUGUCUCCUUCAUCCAUAGUUUUGAAGAGAAGUACGGUCGYUCGCAUCCAGUGUUUUACCAGGGAACAUAUAGCCAGGCARUGAAUGAUGCCAAACGUGAGCUUCGCUACUUGUUAGUUUACCUCCAUGGAGAYGACCACCAGGAUACAGACCAGUUCUGRCGCUCCACGUUAUGUACAGAAGAGGUCCUGACCUUCCUUAACACCAGGAUGCUGUUCUGGGCCUGUUCCACCAGCAGGCCUGAGGGAUACAGAGUGUCCCAGGCGRUGCGUGAGAACACUUACCCGUUCCUGGCCAUGAUCAUGUUGAAGGACCGUAAGAUGACGGUGGUGGGACGUCUGGAGGGGCUCAUCCAAUCAGAGGACCUCCUCAARCAGCUCACCUUCAUCAUGGAGGCCAACCAGACCUACCUGAUGUCUGAACGCUUGGAACGGGAGGAGAGGAAGACGCAGGUGUUGCGGGCGCAGCAGGACGAGGCCUUGGAGUCGCUGAGAGCCGACCAGGAGAAGGACCGGAGGAAGAAGGAGGAGCAGGACAAGGUUCAGGCGGAGGAGGAGAAGGUUCGGCAGACCGUCCUGGCCGAGGAAAUGAGGAGGAGGACGUUGGAGGAAGAGAAGGAGCUUAAGUCAGAAUGUCUUCCCCCGAACCCCAGAGACGACCCCGACAGCGUCAAGAUAGUUUUCAAACUGCCUAACGACACCAGAGUAGAGAGGCGGUUCCUCUUCCAGCAGUCUCUGACGGUAAUAUACGACUUCCUGUUCUCAUUGAAGGAGACCCCGGAGAAAUUCCAGAUAGUUACAAACUUCCCCCGCCGGGUUCUGCCCUGCCUUCCACGGAGGAGCAGCCCACCACCCACCCUGAAAGAGGCCGGCCUCAGCCGUUCCGAGGUCCUCUUUGUUCAGGACCUCACAGAAGAUUGACACCUAGCUAACCUUCUCCUCAACCUCCACCAUGAGGAAAAUAACUGUUGUCUCUUUUUUUUCGUUGUUUCUUCACCCAUAUUUUUUUUUUGUUUAAAUGGCCGUUGUGCACA